AUGUCGUCUCAAGCUCUUUCGGACGACCAGGUCGCAUCCGAGCUAAAGAAGAUGACCGCCUUCAUCCGGCAAGAAGCCCUCGAGAAAGCUCGUGAGAUCCAACUAAAGGCUGACGAAGAAUUCGCCAUUGAGAAAUCCAAGCUCGUCCGGGAGGAGAUCGCCGCCAUCGACAAUCAAUACGAAAAGAAGUUCAAACAAGCCUCCAUGUCCCAGCAGAUCACCCGCUCCACCACCGCCAACAAGACCCGCAUAAAGGUACUGUCUGCCCGUCAAGAACUGCUGGACAAGUUAUUCGAGAAUGCUCGGAAGAAGCUCAACGAUGCUGCCGGCAAGACCAACAACUACGAGGAAACGUUGAAGGGUUUGAUUCUAGAGGGCCUGUAUAUCCUUGCAGAGAAGAAAGUGAGCAUCAGAGUAAGAAAGGCCGAUAAGGACAAGGCCGCGUCAGCCAGCAAAAAGGCCGCCGACGAGUACAAAAAGAACUUUGGGAGUGAGGUAGAGGUCGUGGUUGAGGACAAGGAUUGGCUACCUCAAGAUUCAGCCGGAGGUGUCUUCCUCUACGGCAGUGGCGGUAAAAUCGAACUCAACAAUACGUUUGAAGAGAGGUUGCGCAUGCUCGAGACGGAUGCACUACCCAGCAUUAGAGCCACCCUCUUCGGGGAGAACCAAAACAGAAAGUUCCACGACUAA